AGCCGCAUAGGAUUCAAAUAGUUGUCAAGACAACCAGGAAAUUUGAAACUGCCAUUCUGACUGCGGAAAAAAAAACUUUCAUAGAGCAAACAAACAUUUUUAAAAAAACAAAUGCUUAAUAUUAAUUGGCUAUAAUUUUAGUCCUGCACUUUCUGGUGCAGUUUUCUGACGAAAAAAGGAGUCCGGUGAAAUGUCGUUCAGACGAACUGCGGGGAAGAUUCAAGGUGCAGAGGAGCGCCGGCCGGGGUGUGCAAGCACAGACGUCGGCCAGGACAGACGACAGGGCUUCGGUGUCCAGGAGUUUCGCGACGGCUCCCAGUAUGAAGGUGGCUUUGUCAAUGGCCUCAAACACGGCAAGGGGAAAUACACGUGGAAAAGUGGAGAGUUCUAUGAGGGCUCUUUCUUCAAAGACUACAGGCAUGGUGACGGAAUGUACUGUUGGCCCACAGGCGACAAAUUCAUUGGUAAAUUCUACCUCAACUGGAAAGAAGGAUAUGGACAACAUACUUUUCCUGAUGGAGCCACAUUUAAGCCUAAAUACAGAGAUGAGAAGUUUCCGACUUUUUCCAGACCAAAAUGACCAUUCUCGAGAUAAGCGCAAAUGCGUUGUGAAAAUUUCGGGGGGUGGUGGAGGUAGGGUGUGGUGCCUCUCCGUGGUGGGCUCCGAGCUGCAAGUUCAGGGUUUGUACCAUAAUGACCAGAGGUUCGGUCCUGGUGUGCUUAGUGAGCCAACAGGGUGUCAGGAUGUUGGACUUUGGCAUGGGAAACAUCUGAUACAAAUGUGCAGCUCUGUACAAGGCAGCUUCAGCUUGAAAAAUCUCAAGGAAUAUGCUGCCUUCUUGGAGCAAACUUACAUCUUACAUCCUCACAGCCAGAUAGAGACUGAUGACAGUUUGCUGUUGUAUGAUGACAAUGCUAUCCUCCCGGACGGCAUUGAGAAUUAUUCCACCGAUGGUGACCACCUACCAUUGCCCCCCACAAAUAGAAGAGAGUUCGACCAGCAUUUUUUUGGCCACUUAUGGGAACCUGAUUCUGACCCGUAUGACGGCUACAAACGAGAUCCAUACGCCAAUCUGCCCUUACAAAGCCGAAUGCUGGCGCACAUCCACAGACACAGACGACAAACCGAAACAUUGGACUGGGGUGUGGCAGAAGUUCUUUCAUUAAAAAGGGACCAUUUUGGUCCUAAAGGAUUUUUGGAAGUCACAUCAGAACUGUUGAUCCAACAGGCUUCGAGAGGAGAACAACAGGCUGUAAAAAAGAUUCUCCUGAAUGGCCUUGCUCACCCAGAUGUAGGAGAUUCUCAUGGUCACACUGCCCUGAUUGCUGCUACGGUAAACUGUCACGAUGAUGUAAUCCAGCUAUUGUUAGACAUGGGCGCUGAUAUUGACAAGCUCAAUUGCGAGGGCUUGUCACCGUUGUCUGUGUGUCACUUCCUCUACUAUCCUUUGCAGUGUUUAUACUUGCUUCCUGGAACGCCGGUCCAAACACAGGAUUUGAUGUCAUUGAAUUGGAAACAACCACAGACCAGCCUUGAGGACUUCACUAGAGACAUAUUCAUCCAAAACAACACACCGCAGACAAGUGAUACUGUUCAGACCAGUUGGGAUCUACUCUCCGAUCAAACACAAGAGGAUUUAUCAGGACGCAUCAUCUUUCAUUGCAGCAGUUGCAGUGAACAUUCCAAUGUUUCGGAUGAACUUGAGACCCCUGCACAAUAUCAGGAAUUAAAGGAAAGGGGCAAAGAAGACCGAGUUGAAAUCAACCAGCAGAGAAAGUGGAAAGGGACAUAUAGUGGAAAGGAGCAAGUUAAAAACAGAAAUGAGGAUGGUGGACUAACACAAUUAAAAAUCUUGACUGAAGAGGAAUGGAGGGACAGGGAAGACCAAAGGAUUCAGAAGGAGAAGCACAACUGUAACAAAAACUCACCCUUGACCCCAGCCCAAUCAGUGAACAGCUACAGCCUGGAAGUCUCAGAGGAAAUUCUACAGGGUGCAGCUGAAGCCCUGAGCCACACUGGGUUGCCCCAGCAUUUGGAUACUCAGGAGACUGUGCGCAGAAUGGCAGCCAUGAAGUUUCAGCACCGUGUUCGUUUGUGCACCCUGAAGCUGCUUUUAGACCGGGGAGCUGACCCCAACAUUUCCAAAGUCCCCUUACCCGUCCUCUUUUUGGCCAUUAUGGCAGCCGAUACUGAGACUGUCAGGAAUCUUCUCCUGUGUGGAGCUCGAACAGAUAUUUGUCUCUCACCUGAGUGGAAAGGGAUUUAUCCUCUACAUGUGGCUGCUGCUCUUCCAGGCCCGGAAGGUCCCAAAAUCACAGAACUUCUGCUGCAUGCUUUAUCAGACCCAGACGCACAGGCAUGUGACUGGGAUGAAAUCUAUGAACCUGAUAAGGUAUCCAUCAUGACAAAAAAUUCAUGCAGCACCAGUGACAGUUCAUGGCCUGAAGAAGGUGGACAAACUGCUCUGCACAUAGCCUGCCAGAGAAAAACUGAUCACUGUAAUGCCAGCAAGGUGGUCUCCCUGUUGCUCUCCCAUGGAGGCAGAACCGACCUGCUCUGGAGUGGACACUCGCCUCUCUCAUUGGCUAUAGCAAAUGGCAAUGACAUGGCAGUUGAAGAGCUGUUAAAAGGAGGCGCUGAUCCCAACAUUCCUUUGGGUUAUAGAGUUGGCAAUGCCCUCUGUGUCGUCAGUAAUUUCCGCUACUAUUUGGAUGGCAAAAGGGAAAAAUUGUUGGACAUGUUACAGAAGGCUGGUGCCGAUAUGUUGAAGCCUGUCCAGGUUGGUGAUACCAUCGGAAACGUCAUCGACUAUGGACAUCACUCCUUCGACCAAGACUUGCGUAUUGCCCACACACCCUUCCACAUCCUCAACAUCGAGGAGAGAGAAACAUUAAAAUCACGGCGUUAUCUACUCAGCACGAUGGGAAGUCUGCUGAGAGAAAGUGCUGUCCAAAGAGAGAAAGAACUGGAGAAAGAAAAGGACCUCUUACUGGGUUGUGAAAGUGCCCUUUCUUCAAUUGAUACCAACUCGAGCCAAAAAAUUAAAACAGCAGGAAAACUAAGAUCACCGUCAUUUAAGUUCUGCUACGAUUGUGGUCGUUCUGCUGCCGUGAAGUUAACUGCAUGUACUCGCUGCCGCAAAGUUUUUUAUUGCUCUACAACCUGUAAAUUGAAAGCAUGGAAUAAGAGACACAGGGAAGAAUGUCUGCAGGAAUCAGCCUCUGUUGACAGUUGCAGGAGAACACACAUGUUUCAGACCCAACAAGACCACCAACAACAGGCUAUUAUAUUGAAAUCCAUGAAAAUCUCCAGACAUCCAAAUAUUCAGCUGAAAUCCAAAAUCAUCGGGCUAGAUGUCUUGAAGAAACAACUUGUCAACGUGAAUGAAAACUACAGCUACAACUGACGGAAUAGGUGGCAUUGUGGUGAAGCACAGCAACUUAGUUGAUCAAUUUGUUAGUACAUUGCUACAAAUACACCCACUACCUAAUUUAGAUGCUGCACUUUCACGCAACGUCAUGUUUUUUCUUGUUUUAUUUUUUUACGAGGCAUUCUCUGAUUUAGGCGGCACGGUGGCUCAGCUGGAAUGCGUUGGCCUCAUAGUUCUUAGGUCUAGGGUUAAAUCCUGGCCCCGCCUGUGUGGAGUUUCCAUGUUCUCCUCGUGCCUGCGUAGGUUUUCUCUUUGCACUCCAGUUUCCUCCCACAUCCAUCAAACAUGCAACAUUAAUUGGACACUCUAAAUUGCCCCACGAUGUGAUUGUGAGUGCGGCUGUUCGUCUCCAUGUGCCCUGCGAUUCGCUGGCAACCAGUUCAGGGUGUACCCUGCCUCCUGCCCCUUGACAACUGGGAUAGGCUCCAGCACUCCCGUGACCCUCGUGAGCAUAAGCGGCAAAGAAAAUGGAUGGAUUCUAUGAUGUACAUUUUCCAGUUCAUAGGUAAUGUAAUCUUUGCUGAUGUUUCCGUGCUUGCAUAGUUCUUUAAAUUGAACUGUGAGUCAAAAAGGAAAUUUGAAGGAAUGCUUUUAUUUUAACCAGGCAUCUAUUGUAACAAACUACCUCCCCCAAAACAAAUGUGCGUGCGUGCUUGUGUGCGAUGGCACGACUGGUUCACACAUCUGUGUCCCAGUUCUUAGGACCGGGGUUCAAAUUCCGGCCUUACCUGCGUGCAGUUUGCAUGUUCUUGUACCUACAUGGAUUUUCUCCAGGUACUCUGGUUUCCUCCCACAUUCCAAAAACAUGUGGGAGGUGAGACUGCAUUAUUAGUCUGUGUGUAUGAGCUUCUUAUUGUGUAUUUGCCUCGUUGUCACAGCCAGUGUUCCUGUGCCCCUGCAGCCAAGUGUGUUUGUCUUGUUUUUAACCUAUUAGUUAUCUGACCUCGUUUUCAUGUUUUUGGACAUUGCAUUUUCCCAUUUGUUUUUGUACCUUUGCCUUUUUUCAACUGCUUACCUGUGUAUGACGUCUGCCUGGAAUAAAACCACCUGAGACAUCA